GAGAGAGAGAGAGAGAGAGAGAGAGAGAGGACUCCGCCUAUACCGUCCAACAUCCUGCUCCAGUCUGACGGAGGGACCACUACCCAGCAGAGUGAACCAGGGCCCCGCACAGCUCGACUCAGCACCCGGCGUGAACAAACGGACAUGGGCUCCCCGUGAAACCGGGCGGUGGAGGGGAGAGGAGGUGGGAAAGGCGGGGGUUGGUCGGGGGGUAUUGACGACCAGAGUGUGUCGGGAGAAGCACCCGGCGAGUGGACGAACAAAAGCACAACCGAGGCUGCCCGCAACCAUGAGCCGCCCGCACUAUUCGCCGGAGCUGCGGCUGCCGCGGCCGCCGUGCCCGCGGAGCGCGUCGUGAGGUGUGGCUCGGAAAACGCUCCGGGGGGAACCUGUCAGCCGAAACGACCCGCCGAGGAGGAGCGGGAGGAGGCGGCGGGGCGGCGGCGGCGGCGUCGGCGGUGGUGGUGGAGAAGAUGUCCGCCUCCGUGGGGCCCCAGGGCGGCCCUCGCCCACCCACCGUGCCGCCAUCCAUGCCGGAUCUGCCGGACCUCAGCCACCUGACCGAGGAGGAGAGGGAGAUCAUCAUGGCAGUGAUGGCUCGGCAGAAGGAGGAAGAGGACAAAGAACAAGCCAUGCUAAAAACACUGCACCAGCAGUUUGAGAGCUACAAACAGGAGGUGCGUCGCAUCGGGGCGGACACACGGCGUCAGCAGACCCAGCCGAAGGACGAUGCGCCCACCUGCGGAAUCUGCCGCAAGACCAAGUUUGCUGACGGCUGCGGUCACCACUGCUCCUAUUGCCAGACCAAAUUCUGUGCUCGCUGUGGAGGGCGGGUCUCUCUGCGCUCCAACAAUGAAGACAAAGUGGUAAUGUGGGUAUGCAACCUGUGCCGUAAGCAGCAGGAGAUUCUCACCAAAUCAGGAGAAUGGUUUUCGGGGUCAGGUGUGCGGCCCGGGAGCCUGGGCAGCUCCUUGAACGACCCAACCGCGGGAGGUGAGGCCCAACGGGACAGGAAGCUACUCCGCUCCAGGUCCCAAGCCCCGCCCUCCAGCACCAACACCAGCACAGGGCCAGACGGGACACAGCUGCCUGCUGGUAUCACUGCUGCCAAGGGUGCUGACACCAUGCCUGACUCUCGCUCCCAAAGUGAACCACCCAGAGAAAAGAAAAGGCCAGUUUCCCUCCAUGAACAAAAUGGUAAGGGAGGCAUGGGGCGUGGUAGUGGCCGGAGACCUGCUGGGAAGUUGUCAUCUCAGUCAUCCUUGGAUGAGCGGGUUCCCAGUGACAGAGGAGAAAGAAGACUGGGAGACGGACGCAGGCUGGAGAAGAUCCAUUCUCAGGACUACGAGGAUGGAGAGGGGAACUUGGGUCGUUUAGAAACACACCGGAGACGCCCAGAGGAUGAAGAGCAGAGGGAGCGGCAGCGACGUGAGGAGGAGUUCCAGAAUCGUUAUCGCAGUGACCCCAAUCUGGCCCGAUACCCAGUGAAACCGCAGAAGGAGGAGCAGGAAAUGCGCAUGCAUGCUAAGGUGUCCAAAGUACGGCAUGAACGACGACACAGUGAUCUAGCAAUCAACGAAGUUGGAUUGGGACCUGGUGAAGGAGGAGGCAGCGCAUGUGAGGUGCCUGAAAACCGUCUGUCCAGGAGGGGUGGGGGUGGGGAAGGAGACCGCAAGGUCCUGGAGAACCACCGAGCCUACUCUGUGGAUAGGACCGUGGGGGUUGGAGGGGGGCCUCCACCUGCUGGAGGCGGAUUGAAAUCAGGGCCCCAACCUGGGGGACCGGUGCCUCCAGACUGGGGUCUGAACAAGGGCCGUCUAGAACCGGGUACAAUACGGACACCAAGGGACAAAGGUGGGGAUAACCUGUUGAGGAAGGACUCCCAGAGCUCGGACCAGUCUGAAUCUUUGCGGCCACCCCCUCCACGUUCAUACAAGAGCAAACGUGGAGUCAACAAGCGGCAGAUGUCCAUCAGCAGCUCAGAGGAGGAGGGCGGCUCCACGCCUGAGUACACCAGCUGUGAGGACGUGGACAUGGAGAGCGUCAGUGAGAAAGGGGACUGGGAUUGUCAUCCAUUGGAUCCUGCAGUGUGGCAUCAUCCAGUUACAUGGCAGCCAUCGAAAGAGGGCGACCACCUGAUUGGACGCAUCACAUUAAGCAAGCGGUCCGCCAUGCCCCGUGAGGCUGGGUCCCUCCUCGGCCUAAAAGUGGUAGGAGGGAAGAUAACAGAGACGGGGAGACUUGGUGCCUUCAUUACCAAAGUCAAGAAAGGCAGCCUGGCAGAUGUCGUGGGACACCUCCGAGCAGGUGACGAGGUGCUGCAGUGGAAUGGCAAGUCGUUGCCGGGGGCAACCAAGAAAGAAGUAUACAACAUCAUCCUUGAAUCAAAGGCCGAACCUCAAGUGGAAAUAGUUGUUUCAAGACCUAUAGGCUCUAUCCACCGAAUUAUGUCCAAAAACUUCUUGAGAAAAGUGUAUAGAGCAUAUCAAGACAUCCCAAGAAUCCCAGAGUCGUCCCACCCUCCUCUAGAAUCUACAGGCUCCAGCUCCUUUGAGUCACAAAAGAUGGACCGCCCCUCUAUAUCAGUGAUGUCCCCUACUAGUCCAGGGACCCUCCGAGACCUCCCUAUGGUGCUGCCUGGACAGCUCUCUGUGAAGCUGUGGUACGACAAAGUGGGCCAUCAGCUGAUCGUCAACGUCCUUCAAGCCAUAGACCUGCCGACCCGAACAGACGGACGACCUCGGAACCCCUACGUCAAAAUGUACUUCCUGCCUGACAGGAGUGACAAGAGUAAACGGCGAACUAAAACAGUGAAGAAGAGCACUGAGCCCAAGUGGAACCAGACCUUCAUAUAUUCCCACGUUCACCGGCGGGACUUCAGAGAACGCAUGCUUGAGAUCACGGUCUGGGACCAGCCCAGAGUGCAGGAGGAGGAGAGUGAAUUCCUGGGCGAGAUCCUGAUAGAGCUGGAGACGGCCUUGCUGGACGACAUUCCUCACUGGUACAAACUCCAGACACAUGACUCGUCUUCCAUACCUCUGCCCCAGCCGUCUCCGUACCUCCCACGCCGACAUGUCCAUGCAGACAGCCCCAGCAAGAAGCUACAGAGGUCCCAUCGCAUCAUAGAUACAGAGUUUGAUGAUGGUUUGAUGGUAGUGAGUAAAGAUGCAGAGCGUAACUCCAGGGAGAGAGAGCGAGGUAGCACGUUGGCUGUGCCUGAGCAGCAGCGGGCCGCCCAGCACCGCUCUCGCUCGGUUUCCCCUCACAGGGAGGACUCGUGCAGGGCCCGGUCGCGGCCAGCACACGUGCCCAUGCAAAGGAGUCUGGACGAGAUCCAUCAGAACCGCCACCACUCCCACUCCCCCUCCCGCUACCACGACUCCCACUUGGAGCACCAACGUUCCGGUGACUCGGACUAUGAGUACUCUGAGGACAGUGAGGUCCUGGAGAUUCACAGGUCAAUCCGGGGCGGGAGUGCCGAGUGCCUGCACACUAACAGGGGCGUAGGUAGACACAGCAACACACUCCCACCCAAAAUGCCCCUGUUAGUAAACGGUAUCCAUAAAGAUAUUUACAGCUCCACCCUCCCCGCAUGCCUUAAGAGCAAGGCACCCCACAGACAAGAGGGGGUUAGCACCAUGCCUCGUAGCAUCCUCACACACCGUGUGCUCAGGUUCACUGAUGAGGUCACGGUUAGCGACCUGCAGCCGUCGCUGGACAGAGUGAGGAGUGCCAGCACCACUUGUCUGAGACCAGACACCAACUUUCACUCCCCUGACAGAGACAGGUGCUCCAACUCUUUGCCCCACAAGACUCCCCCAAGUCCCCGGAUCUUAGUAGAACAUGUAGCCCCUGAGGAGGAGAGGCAGGGUAGCAAUCCAUCAAGUCCAAACUGUCAAAGGGGCUGCAAAAAAAGCCUCGAGGGGGACAGUCGUAUCCAGCCCACCUCUAUCCUGAGGGGCAGUAGGGGGAGAGGGGGCCCGCUGAGGCCCUUUGGCCAGACAGCCCUGGCUGGGUCCUGCCCAAACUCGCCACGGCUAGACAGAGCACAUCCUCACGGCAGCCCCUCUCCUCCAACGGGGACUCCCUCAUCAGGUCGCAGGGGCCGGCAGCUGCCGCAGCUCCCUGCAAAGAGCAGCAGCGUAGAGCAAGCCCUCGCAGUAGAGGAGCGAGCCCGACAGCUGCAGAUGAAAGUACAUUCCUACCGGCCUUCAGCCUCCCACGACCCUGAGGCGGACCUCAAGACCAAACGGGAGAUGUAUGCGGAACAGCGGCGUAGCAGCGACAACAUGUCGGCGAGAUCAUCAGACAGUGAUAUGAGCGAUGUGUCAGUCAUCUCCCAUGCCAGCAGUGCCUCCCGCCUCAGUAGCACCAGCUACAUGUCCAUCCAAUCAGAACGGCCUGGGGGACGACUCAGAUCCAAGUCAUUAGAGGAGGAGAAGAAGGACAGGAGGAUCUCGUGGGGGGUGGAUGGGGAGGAGGAGAGGAGGAGGGCGACAGGAAAGAGACGUUUCUCUGCGGAGUUGAAGCUCAGGAGACACACUGUUACAGGAGACACCAGGGAGUCCAGCCGGCAGAUGCGGUCGUCGAUGGGCCGCAACAUGCUGAAGAGCUCCAGCGUGAGCGGGGAGAUCUACACCCAGGAACGCACUGACGGCAGCCAAUCAGACACGGCGCUGGGCACUGUGGGUGGCGGCAGCAAGAAGAGACGCUCCAGCCUCAGUGCACGGGUGGUGGCCAUAGUUGGAAACCGUCGCAGUCGCAGCACUUCACAGAUCAGUGGCCCCGAGGGGAAGAGUAAGAAAGAGAAGGGAGCACCUAUCCAGAGGAGCACCGAGACUGGAAUGGCAGUGGAGCUGACCAGGAACAUGAGUCGACAGCCCAGCAGAGAGUCCAACAAUGGCAGCAUGAACAGCUGCAACUCGGAGGGAAAUCUCAUCUUCUCUGGAGUGAAUCUGGGUGCCAGCAGCCAGUUCAGUGACUUCCUGGAUGGUCUGGGACCAGCUCAGUUAGUGGGCAGGCAAACACUGGCUACUCCUGCAAUAGGUGAUAUCCAGAUCGGUAUGAUGGAGAAGAAGAGCCAGUUGGAGGUGGAAGUCAUCAGAGCUCGAGGACUCAUACAAAAGCCAGGAUCCAAAUCUCUCCCUGCUCCAUAUGUCAAGGUCUACCUGCUGAAUAAUGGAGCGUACGUAGCCAAAAAGAAAACCAAGAUUGCACGGAAAACACUUGACCCACUGUACCAGCAAGCACUGCUAUUUGAGGAAAGCCCACAGGGUAAAGUCUUACAGGUGAUUGUAUGGGGAGAUUACGGCCGCAUGGACCAUAAAAGCUUCAUGGGAGUUGCACAAAUCCUAUUGGAGGAACUGGACUUAUCAAGCACAGUCAUUGGUUGGUACAAGUUAUUCCCACCAUCCUCCUUGGUGGACCCGACACUUGCCUCCCUAACACGGCGAGCUUCCCAGUCGUCACUUGACUCCUCUGGACCUGCGGGAGUCCGAUCCUAGUGGACCAACAGCUCUACACCGCUCGGCGAGUAACAAACUCAAGAAACUAACAGUAGAGAGACAAAUAGAGAGAGGGGGAAAAAACUAAUAGCGGAAAUGUAGAACAACAAUCAGAAACAGUCACAACGAGAAAGCUUUGUUGAGAUCUGACAAUCACUCCUGUCGCGGUUAAUUUUGUCUGUUGUAGGGAGCGCCACGUUUCAGUGUUUCAUAUCCAUUCGAUGAAAAAUCGUAUUGUUUUUUCUCUGUGUAUGCUGAAGAGGCAGGGCUGUCCACAGACGAGCUGUAGCUCUUGAGACAGGAGACGAAACAGUGUCAGAGAAUCAAAAGUGAAGCAGGGUGGUUUUUAACUGAAUCAACAAUAGCAAAGAAAUGUAUGUAAGCGUCGGAAUGUAUGGACUCGAGACAGAGGUGAUCACCCUCCACACCUGCAGCUGGCACAGUCCUCUCUGCAGUGGCCUCCUCCAGAACCCCAACAGACUGCCGGCACUCCUGCCCCCAGGGCAGGGUGCUCCCACCUGGGUAUUCAGUCUGGAAGCACAGGGCCUUCUUCUGGUGCCUAUGACCUUGGAGCCACAUCACUGGUCCCGCUCUCUGUCAAAGGACCCUCUCUUUUCAAUAUGUUUACCAUGGCUGCUCUGAGGCCACACUGUUUUAGUGUGUUUGCUUUGUCGUUUAUUUCUUUCCCUUUGUUACUACUGGCACAAAAUUUUUUUAGAGUGUGUAAAAUGCUCAUGAUAAUGUUGUCAGUCUGGUGUGUGCAUGGUGAGAAAAAACUAAAUACAAGAGAUAAAAAAAGGAUAUAAAAACUAUUAAAUGUCUGCAAGUGUUAUUCAAGGGGGGUGCUAAUGAUAUUGCCACAGCUUAGAUUUUUACACUUGACAGCGGGCAGAGUUGUUUUCCUUGUUGCACCUCUGGCAGAAGUCCAGGCCAGUCGUCUUUGUAUAGAUGUAUAUUAGGCCUCAAGAGGUUGACCAAUAAAUAAGAUUUAUGUCACUUUGAAAUCACAAGGAUACAACAUCACUGUAAAAAAAAUUUAAAAGAUAAAUCUUUGUUCACCUGUGCAACAGCAAGAUAGGAGCGUUUCAUUUUUCACAUUUUUCGGGGAAGUGCAGUCCUACACCCCAGCACGUUUGAGGUUUUUAUCCAACCCUUAGUUUACAUUAUUUUGAAAUUUUAACACAAGCACAAGAGCUUGAUUUUUUUAUGACAAAAAGUCUAACUUUUUGAAAAAAAACACAUGACGUUAAAAAAAAGGAAAAAAAGAAAUUACUACCGUCACUCAUUCGGUUCAUUUCUUUGUCUAGAUAUUAGAAAACACACAAACAAACAGAGGAGAAGAAUGGCUCACAGUUUCCCUUGUUUGUCUCUGUGAAUGUCGAAGUAACCAAUCAGACUGAUCUGUCCGGACGUCAACACUAAUGCCCAUCCUCCGUUUGGCCCGCAGACUCCUCCCAUCGAGGAAGAGGCGGGGCCAGCAUGACUUAGGAACCUGUUCCAAGCUGCAUGCACAUUUUUGUAAAACAGAACAGAUACAAAAAAAGAUACUGACCUAGAUACGUGUGUUAGUUCCACAUACUCUAGGGCCGCUUGUAUGUUGCAUGCAGUUGUACAGUUUGCUCGUACUUGAAUAUUAAAGAAAUAAAACCAAGAAACAGAAGCCAUUCCCAUUACGCAAAGACAUUUGAUCUCAACUGCAGUCCACUCCACGUCCCUCAGUCCGGUGCUGAAUGUCUCUCAAACUAAAUCCCAAGAUUGUGUUGAUGUCUUUCCUCGAACCUCUGGAAGAUGUACUGUACUGUAUGGUAGUACUGAGCAGACCUCACAGCCCCUCUUACUGUUAUUCCACAUCAUAGUAUACCUCCAAGGGGCUGAGAUGAUGUAUUAAUAAAUAUGUACAAAUCAGAUCCACUUAUAUGGAAAUAUGAAUUAUGUUUCAACAUAAUGAUUUCAGAUAUGCUAACACAUGAACUGUUAAAUUAUAUAAAGAAUUAAUGCAGAUGCACAGAGAGUCACACACUGUAAAUACUCAACAGCCAUGCACUGGGUUUUCAUUGGGCUGAGUGAUAACUGCACAGGGGCCAAGUCAUGUAAUGGGGAGCGAUUAAUACGUCAAUAGGGACCAUGCAGUGGGACAACACAGAGCGGUGGACAUGGGUCACAUGCGGCUGAGCUCAAGCACACAGCCGCCAAACCUCCAGGUGUACCACUGCUCUCAAAGUCGACGUGUGAACACUUCUUUGUGCUUCAAGCCCAGUGUUUGAACUCCGACCAUGUUCAGUCCCACUUCAGAAGAGUUGACCUUUCUUUUCAUCGUCCGGUGAAGCUGAUUUCCCCUUCUUUUUUAUUUUUUCUUAAUUUUUCUUUGUCAGUAUUAACAGGAAAAAAAAUUGCUGAUUGUUUACAACUUCUGUGUUCCACUGAAACAAAAAGAAAAUUAGAAAAAAGUAAAGCAUUCACUGCAACAUUUCUUGUUUGUAUAACAGAUGUGGCUCAAAUUAUGUGUAUGUUUUAUAUUUAAAAAAAAGUUAAUUUUUAUUAUUUACAAAUAAAAAGAAUGUGUGGAAGAAAA